UAUUCUUCUUUUAUAUUACAGGUCUCCGCAUCGGGUCUCUUUGAAUUGCGUUUGAAAUACUUUAAAAACGAUUACGGUCGCGAUAGCGAAGGUCACUGUUGUAGUGGUCAAUCGGAUCCUACGACGGGUAAAUGUAUUGGCGGUUGUAAGACACGGUUUCGUGUUUGUCUGAAACAUUAUCAAGCGAAAAUCGAUACAACAUCGCAAUGUACUUACGGUGAUGUGGUGACACCCAUAUUGGGUGAAAAUUCGGUUAAUCUCACGGAUACGCAAAAUUUCCAAAAUAAAGGUUUCACAAAUCCGAUACAAUUUGCCUUCAAUUUCGCGUGGCCGGGUACUUUUACUUUAAUUGUGGAGGCUCUACAUGAUACCAAUAACAGUGCCAAUGCUCGUUCUAGCAAUCUAUUAAUACAACGUUUAUCGGUGCAACAAGUUUUGGAAGUCUCGCCUGAAUGGAAAACGAACAAAUCCGAAUCGCAAUACACUUGGCUGGAAUAUGAUUUUCGCGUUACCUGUGAUCCUCAUUAUUACGGUUCGGGUUGCGCUAAUCUCUGUCGGCCGCGCGAUGAUCAAUUCGGUCACUACACUUGCUCUGAAACUGGCGAAAUUAUCUGCUUAUCCGGCUGGCAGGGAAACUAUUGUGAUAAACCGAAGUGCGCCAAGGGUUGCGAACAUGGCCAUUGUGAUAAGCCCAAUCAAUGCAUGUAA